AUGGCCUCGUACUGCGACGGACUGGGCGCCUGCUCGAACCCGCGCGGCCAGGCCCGGGCCACCGCAGCGCACCCCCCGGGCUAUGCGCGCGGUGACCUGGGAACCGCAGGCGGUGGCCCGCGCCUGUGGGUGAAUGCGCCCGCGCUCAGCCCUGCGCCCUACGCGUCGGGCCCUGGACCCGCACCACCGUAUGCGGCCCCGGGCUACGCAGCCCCGAGCCCGCUCCUCGGCGCCGCGGGCGGCCUGGCGGGAGCCGACCUCGCGUGGCUGAGCCUCUCGGGCCAACAGGAGCUACUGAGGCUGGUGCGGCCGCCCUACUCCUACUCAGCGCUCAUCGCCAUGGCCAUCCAGAGUGCGCCACUACGGAAGCUGACGCUCAGCCAGAUCUACCAGUACGUGGCCAGCAACUUCCCUUUCUACAAACGGAGCAAGGCGGGCUGGCAGAACUCUAUCCGCCACAACCUGUCGCUCAACGACUGCUUCAAGAAGGUGCCCCGCGACGAGAACGACCCAGGCAAAGGCAAUUACUGGACCCUGGACCCAAACUGCGAGAAGAUGUUCGACAAUGGGAACUUCCGGAGGAAGAGGAAGAGGAGAGGGGAGGCAAGUGCCGCGGCCCCCUCAGGAGCCAGGGACCCAGGGGGAGACCCCGCGCCUGCGCUGGAGCCCCAGGGCACAACCUCCCCCGACCUGCAGGCCUCGCCGUCCCCGCCCGCGCCCGAGGCUGCAGCCUGUUUCUCCAGCUUCUCCUCCGCCAUGGGCGCCCUGGCCGGCAGCCUAGGACCCUUCCCCGGGGGCCUGGCGGGCGACUUUCCCUUCGGGAGGCCAACGAUGGUGCCCACGCAGAGUCCCCAGACCCCUGGCCCCAUGCCGGGCUUUGCCUCUGGCCAUCAGACGACUGCCACCGGCUUUCGAGUCAGUAACCUUGUCUACAGCCGGGCAGGGACUGAAAUUUGAAGGGAGGCUGGAGGCCCGCCCGGGAGCCUGUCCAGAGGUGCUGAGCCCAGACAGGGGAUUCUGGCCUGGAGCUGACCCUGCCAGCAGUGGCUUGGGAGGGAGCCCGGAGCUGGGGUAGCCAGCCCCACAGAGAGCUAAAGGGAGCCGCGCCUCCCUCACCCAGGAGACCCUUCCUGCAGACAGGCUCCCUGCUCGCUCCACUGGCAGAUCCUGCCGCAGGGGCCUGCAUCCCGUGCCCUUCAGGAAUGAAUUCGCCUUCAAGG